AUGGGAAAAAGACAACAUCCGUUUACACCUUAUUUUAUAAUUUCUGAAGAAAAGGCAAACUCAACACAUCGUUUUGCAAUUUGCCGAUCAUGUAAGCGUGCAUACCCGAAUAAAGAAGAAUCUGAAUUAAAGUUUGUUAAUAAAAAAACUACAUGCAAAAAUCAUUUACGUAACUGCGAAGUUUUUCAUAAUGAAGUUACUCCUGAGGAAUAUGAAAGAAUAUUAAAUUUAGAUAGUAAAUUUGUACAACCUUUAGAUUAUGAAGAUGAUGGAGAAAAUUCUUGUUCUUCAUCUCAAAGUCAAAUUUCUUUACCAUUAAAGAUUUCAAAAAAACAAAAAUUAAAUAAUUUAACAACACAGCCGAUAUAUAAAUAUGAUCAGGAUCAAUUUAAUCAGUCAAUUCUUUAUGCUACAAUAUCUACUGGAGUUGCUUUUAGAUGGGUAAAUGAUAUUCAUGUAAAAAAGGCAUUUGCAAUCGCAAAUCCAACUAUAAAAUUACCAAAUCGCAUUAAUUUAGCAGGAAAAAUUUUGGAUAACGAAAAAAAAUCUGUUCAAGAUCAUCUAAUGUCUGUAGCAGAAGCUGAUGAACAAGGCGUAACAUUGGCAUUUGAUGGCUGGAAAAAUAUUAUAAAGCAAAAUAUAUUAGGCGUUGUAUUAAUAACUUCAAGUGGCAAGCCACUAAUAUGGAAAGCAGAGGAUAUAAGUGGAAAUUUACAAAACUGGCAAACGAUUUACAAAUAUGUCAUCGAAUUUUUUGAAGAAGCAAAAAAUAAUAAUAUUAAGAUUAUCGCAUUAGUAACUGAUUCAGCAUCAGAAAAUGCCGCAGCAAGGAAACGAUUACAAAAAAAUAUUAGAGACAAAGUUUUUUUACCUUGUUUUGCGCACCAAUCGAAUCUUUGUGUAGGAGAUAUUUUUAAAAUAUCAAGCCAGUUUAUGAAAACUUCUAAAAUUUAUGGAAAAUAUAUUGCACUAAUGAUGCCAAAUGAUACUCGCUGGAAUAGUCAUUAUUAUUGUUUUAAAAGUAUUCUUAAAACCAAAAUUGCAUUAAAGUCUAAAGAAAUUCCAUCUGAAAUUUGUGAAACGAUUAAUAAUGAACAAUGGUGGCACGAUUUACAAAAUUUGGAAACUUUAAUUUAUCCAUUUUGUGCUAUAUUAAAUAAACUUCAGAGAGAUAAAGCUCAGUUACAUGAUGUAUUACAUGGUUUUGGAUAUCUAAUGAAAGUUAUUAAACAGCAAGAGACUUCUGAUUUUCAGACCAAGAUGAUUGAAAAAUUAGAGCGACGCUGGAAACAAUGGGAACAACCAUUGUUAUUAAUAUCCUUUUUACUUAAUCCAACAUAUAGAUUAACAAAAUUUAAUAAAAAUAUUUCAACAUUAAAUUUAGUUAUAUUGGGUAAAUGGAUAAUAUAUUAUUAUAUGGCCUGGUUUGAUGAAAAGCCUCUAAAGAUUCUUUCUGAAUUGAAUGAUUGGUUUGAUAAAAAAUAUCCUUUUGAUGAUGAAAGCUUUGAUAAUUUUGAUAAAGAUAUUAUAAAAUACUGGAAAUUUGUUUCACGUGGUAGAGCAAGUGAAUUGGCUAAUAUUGCAUUACGUAUUUAUUCAAUUUGCGUUAAUUCAGCCUCAGUAGAAAGAUUAUUCUCUACUAUGGGAUUUUUUCACACAAAGCGACGAAAUAAAUUAAAGCAUUCAAAAGUAUUAGCCAUGUGUCAAAUUCGAGCCAAGAUUUAUCAAGAUGAAAUAAAUGCUAACAUAGACUAUGCCCGGGAAUGUUUUUAUUCUAAUAGUAUUUUGAACAAUCAACUAGAUGAGAUGGAAAUAGAGAACCUUGAAGAGACGAUUCAAUAUUGGAUUGAAUUGUUGGAUGAUGAUACCGAUUUAUAUGAAAUUGAAGAAAAUAACAAUGAUAAUAUUUUAAAUAGUUUAUUAACCAUCUUUGUAGAAAAUCUUGAUGAUAAUAGUUGCACGCAAGUUAAUAAUUUAGAACAUCCCGCAGAAGACAAUUUAGCUAAAUGGAAUUUAUACGAUUUAUUUGUUUCAGACUUAGAAAUUCCAGAUUAUUUUAAUAUGCUUUAA